AUGAAGAGCCCAUGGGGGUGUGGACAAGGGAAAAAGGCGUUUGGUCCAGUAAUUCAGGGGCUAAGCCCAAUUUGUGAGUCCAAAAGCGAUUUUUUGUUCUUCCGCUUCAGGUGUGUCAAAAAUGGUGGUACAUGGGCUUCCGAAGAGAGUGAUGAAGAUGAUGAGAACACCAGAGAAAACUACUCAAGAACUCAGGUAUGCAUGGCACAUUUUUCAGAUUUUGGAGAAAGCAUAGCAUUAUAUUUUGAAAAGGCAACUAUGUGUUGGCUUAUUGGUUCAGGCACAACAUUAAGUUUUGGUGAUGAAUAUGCAGGUGGUAUAGGAGAUAUACAUUUGUGCAUGGAGCAAUUUUUGAAGGAAGGUCAUACAAGAAAUCAUGCAUCAUCAAUAAACUUGGCAUUGGGACCAAGGGUCAUGGAAUUAGGGUUUCGCUAUGGUUUUUAA